CCAGGAAGGAUUUCUGUGGCUGAAAGUAAACAGAUAAACCAUUUUCUCCAAGACACCCCUUUAGCAGUUUGUGGUUCUUCUGACGUGAGGCUGUCGAGAUGGCGGACAACAGAGACAAAACUGCCGACCAAAUGAAGACAUGGAAGGAGAGCAGAGGCUCCCAGAAACCGGAUGUCCUGACCACAGGAGGUGGCCAUCCCAUCGGAGACAAGCUCAACAUUCAGACGGCAGGACCCAGGGGCCCUCUGCUUGUGCAGGAUGUGGUCUUCACAGAUGAGAUGGCCCACUUCGACCGAGAGCGAAUCCCAGAGAGGGUGGUUCAUGCUAAAGGCGCAGGGGCGUUCGGCUACUUCGAAGUCACUCAUGAUAUUACACGUUACUGCAAGGCCAAGGUGUUUGAACACGUUGGGAAAACCACACCCAUUGCUGUCCGUUUCUCUACUGUUGCUGGGGAGUCAGGAUCAGCUGACACCGUUAGAGACCCCCGAGGCUUCGCCGUAAAGUUUUACACUGAAGAGGGUAACUGGGACCUGACGGGCAACAACACCCCAAUUUUCUUCAUCAGGGAUGCAAUGCUUUUUCCAUCCUUCAUCCAUUCCCAGAAGCGCAAUCCUCAAACCCACAUGAAGGAUCCUGACAUGGUUUGGGAUUUCUGGAGCCUGAGACCUGAGAGUCUGCAUCAGGUAUCUUUCCUGUUCAGUGAUCGAGGUUUGCCUGAUGGUCACCGCCACAUGAACGGCUACGGUUCCCACACCUUCAAACUGGUCAAUGCCGCAGGCGAAGCUGUCUACUGCAAGUUCCACUACAAGACUGAUCAAGGAAUUAAGAAUCUGUCGGUGGAGGAAGCAGACCGCCUUGCAGCAACCAACCCAGAUUAUGGUAUCGGCGAUCUGUUCAACGCGAUCGCAAACGGCAACUUUCCAUCCUGGACCUUUUACAUCCAAGUCAUGACCUUUGAUCAGGCUGAGCGGUUCCAGUUCAACCCCUUUGAUCUUACUAAGGUGUGGUCGCAUAAAGAUUACCCUUUGAUCCCAGUGGGGAAACUGGUCCUCAACAGGAACCCAGUCAACUACUUUGCAGAGGUUGAACAGCUGGCUUUUGACCCCAGCAACAUGCCGCCAGGCAUUGAGGCCAGCCCUGAUAAGAUGCUGCAGGGUCGGCUGUUUUCCUACCCAGACACGCAUCGUCAUCGGCUGGGAGCCAACUACCUGCAGAUCCCAGUCAACUGUCCGUUUAGGACCCGUGUGGCCAACUAUCAACGUGAUGGUCCGAUGUGCAUGACUGAUAAUCAGGGUGGCGCUCCAAACUACUAUCCAAAUAGCUUCAGUGCCCCACAGAAUCAGCCCCUGGCCUUGGAGUCCAGGUUCAGGGUUUCACCCGAUGUGGCUCGUUACAACAGCGAAGAUGAAGACAAUGUGACACAGGUUCGAGCCUUCUACACCCAGGUGCUGAAUGAAGAGGAGCGCCAGAGACUGUGUGAGAACAUGGCAGGGUCCCUGAAAGGAGCCCAGCUCUUCAUCCAAAAACGAAUGGUGGAAAACCUGAAGGCCGUCCAUCCAGACUAUGGAAACCGGGUUCAGAGCUUGCUCAAUAAGUAUAAUGCUGAAGCCAAGAAGAACACAAACGUACACGUCUACAGCCGUCCAGGAGCUUCUGCCAUCGCCGCCUCCUCCAAGAUGUGAUGCCUUCAGUCUGCAGAUCCAGACCCAUCAGUGUAUUAAUUACAGUCACAGAUAUGGUUGCUGUAGUUCUAAUGCUCUGUUUGUAUCCUUUCAUGUUGAUCCUUGUUUCAGAGGAGGUAACCUUCAUGAAUUACUCUGCAUUAAAUCCUGUCAGGUAAUAUUGUUGAUUAGGCUGCAGAUUUAUUAAAUUACCUUAAUAACCUGAUGCCUUAAUGAUGUAAAUAUUAUUACCAUUUCAAUUUGAUUGAAUUAACCAACUUUGAUUUAUAUACCUCUUUCUCAUGCAUUCUAAUUGCUAAAUAUGUUUGUAGAAACUCAGAAGAAGGUAAUGUUGAAGCCAAAUGUAUUUGAAAAGAUGCUGAUUAUUGGGUCUGAAUUGUAAAGCUGCUGUAGGGCAGGUAGUGUGUUAUUGCUGAGCACUAUGGUAACUUCUGGGUUGUUUAACUCUAAUUUGACUGAAUAGCUUACUGUUGAAUGUGUUUCUAUAAGAACCAUUAAUCUGUUUUCAAAUUAUAAGAUCAUUUAAAGCAUUUGGAGUUGAUUGUUUCCUUCUAAAUAUACUAAUGUCUUAUAGUCUAAAGGUUGGCUAAAAUAAUCUAGUGCUCUUUUAUUUUCAGCUGUGUCUAAAUAUACAACAGAUUUUCAUUUCACUCAUUGAAUGUAGAAAGUGAAAACCAUGAUUUUGUAGAUUGUCUUGUGGGGGUUUUGUUCAUUUUGAUUAUUGUGACUUGGAUCUAAUAAAAAUUCUGCCAAAAUCAAGUUUGCAUAUCACAGAAAACCUGUAAGAGUAAACAUCCACCAAAUUCA